AUGAAACCAACAAAAGUUAUGGGACCAAAACGUAUGAUAAGAGAAUCACUAUUGAAAUGUAUAAAUAGUUGCAAACAGUUAAAAUUACUAAAAACUAAAAGUAAAAAAGAUAAAAUUCGAUUAUUAAAAACUAAAAUGUCUGUAGUAAACGUUAAAAAUAAAAUUAAUAAUUAUGAAGCCGGUGAAAACGAAAAAUAUUGUAACUAUAAACCAGUUGAUUUGUCAAAAAGAAUCAGAGCUAACAAGAUAGUGAAACACAAAAUAAAAAUUCAUGAAAAAUUUCAGUGUCCAGACAUUGUGAAAGCUGAAAAAAAAAUGUUAAAAAUGCCAUCAAAAAUUUUUAGUCGAAAAUUUUCUAAGUAUAAAGAUGUUCAACAAAAGUUAAGAGCCAAAUUCAAAUCUACGUAUAAAAGUAGUGGACAAUUUGAUCAAAGCUCAACUAAAUAUAAAGCAUACGUAAAUAAAAAUAAAAAUAAUAAAAACAAAUCAUUACUGAAAUAUUCUAUGUGUAGUUUUGGUUUUAAUAGAGAAAUACAAAAAAAGAAGCGCACCGUGCUGUGUCCAGAACUUCCAGGGAAAGGGACUUACAAUCAUCGCUUUGCUUAUGAUGACGCAUUGCAGUUACAACGGAAGGGUAUUGAGGUAGACGUAUUGUAUAAAGUGAAAAAUAAAACUGACUCCAUUUAUGUCAUAAACGGAGAAUUUCUAUGGACGAAGAAUAAACGAUCGGCUACUAGCUUUAAAUCACCCAAAAAAUCUAAAGUAGUUUUAAAUACUACAGAUAAAAUAAAUCAAAAUCAAAAACUUGCUGAAUCACUAAUGUCAAAAUCAAUACAUGAAAGGGCCGAAUUGGCUAAAAUGCUGAAGGAAAAUGAACGGAAAAAAAGAUUAGCUAAAAUGGUUUUAUUACAUAAAGCAGAAGCUGAAAGAGAAAAAAAACUAAGACUUGAAGAACUUAUAAGGAAACGAGACUUGGAGAAUAUAGAGAAGGAUCUUCGUGCUAAAGAGUUAAGCAAAAUGUUAGCAGAAAAAUCGUUAAAAAAGAAAGCAAAUGAAGAAAAAUUAAAGCAAAAACAAAUGAAAAUAAAUAGUGCAAAAUAUUAUGCUGAAAAGGAAAAAUUAAAAGGACUGAAUUUGCAGCAAAAUAUAGAGUCAUUAAAUAACAAUAAAUAUAAUGAACAAGUAAUAAACGAGAAAAAUGGCUACGUUGGACUUGAGGUCAUUACUGAUUCAAACAUUAUUAAUCAUAUCAGUCGAUGGGCAUUACAGAAUGAUGGCGUCUUUACCAUGUCAUGGUUAAAAACUGUAGUUCGUCGGAUUGAUUCUUUGGAUGGGCGAGUAGAUACAAUGUAUAAGAAUAAAUGGAUUCAGAUUGCCAUUGAUAAAGUGGUCAAUGUAAUGACAGAGAAAAAACUGAUGUCUGAUUUUUGUAAAAAAGAUUUAAGUCACCGAAAAUUGUUGUGCAAUAAAAGUAUCCAGGUAUCCCCUAGUUUUGUAAUCAAAAAUAAAAGAAUGAUGAAAUGCUUCAAACCUCAUACUUCAAUCGGCAUUCGCAAGUCUCCGAAGUUCUCCGGAUGUCCAAGUGAUGGUCAGGGCGUUAGAAAACUGCACAAGGUGAUUAAAACAGAAGGUAGCUAUUUUCAAGUGAUCAGCGUGGAUGCCUUUGGGUCAUAUCGUUGCAAGGAGCGGAUGAAUUAAAUUUGGU